UUAAAUUUAAAUAUUGAAUAACUAAAAUGACAUCAAAGGAUGUAAACGAUGCCAUUUCUUCAGCAGGAUUUGUUUCACGUUCAGGAAGUGGUCGUCUUCCUUCUCGUAGUGGUAAACAAGAAGGAAAGGGAGAUGACUUAAAUGUCCGAGUUCGAGAACGAUCAACUACAGGUACAGAAGAAAGACCAAAAUCUCGUCUUGGAUCUUUUUUAUCAAAACGUGGGGGAAGUGGAGACAAUGUUGGAGGUAUACAAUCAAUUGUUGGAAAUAAUGCCUCUGGAACUUCUUCCAUUGAAAAGAAGGCUAAUGAAAUUAAAGAACAAAUAAAACGUCCAUUAUCUAGCCUUUUUCGACGUACACAAUCAACUGAACGUUCACAAGGAGGAGGAGGCAUUACAAUAACUAAUAAACAAGGCAGUAAUUUAUCUUCAAACAAUACUUCACGACAUGUUGCGGCUCCUCUUUUUGCUAACAGAGCUAGUAGUAAUAGAGUUCCCUCGGCUGUAGGAGGGAGAUCUACGACCUUAAUAACUGGAAUGGGAACAUCCGGAACCGAGAAUAAUGAUAAUGCUGCAAAUGGGGGUGCAGCUAAUGGAGUUGCAUUUACAGCAACUAGACCUUUUACUGGAUUCCCUGGAACUAAAAGAGAAUCUAUUAAACAACAAAAUGAUGAAAACAAUACAAAAAUGCAGAUGGAGGCAUAUGGAUUUAAGUGAACAAGCAGCUAUUGCCCCAAGUAUGAGGCGUUUUUCUGGAUUUUCUGCUGAUCCUUCCUCUCUUUUUCUCAUGAAACAACAAAAACAACAAAUAAAUAAAGGGAAUAAAAAUUUGGGUGAUAAUAGUGAAAAUGGG